AUGUCCGACCGCGUCCUGCCGCAGAAGAACGAAGAAUACGGAAGCAAGGAAUAUUGGGACCAGCGGUACAACUUAGAGUCAGAAGAGCAGUCGUUCGACUGGUUCAAAUCAUACGCCGAUGUCGCAGAUCUCUUGCGUGAGAUCGUCCCGGUCAAGUCCUCGAGGAUAUUGAUGCUCGGAUGCGGCAACUCGACCCUUUCGCAAGACAUGUAUGAGGAUGGCUUCAAGAACAUCGUGAACACAGACUACUCAAGAGUGCUGAUUGAAAAGAUGCGCCAUAAGCAUGCUUACGCACCUGAGAUGGAGUGGCAUGAGAUGGACAUCCGGGACCUCAAAUUCGAGACAGAUACUUUCGAUGUCGCAAUAGACAAGGGUACUAUGGAUGCCAUGAUGACCGCGAAAGCAGACGUUUGGGACCCCCCAGAAGAAGUGGUGCAGAAUUGUAAUCGCGAAGUGGACGAAGUCCUACGAGUCCUCAAGAAAGGUGGUGUCUUCAUCUACCUCACCUUCGGCCAGCCCCACUUCCGCAAGCGCUACCUUGAGCGCCCCGAAACGACGCUUGAGAUCCGCAAGAUAGGCGAAGCCUUUCAUUACUACCUGUACAUAGUGCGAACAUGA